UGGAAGGCGCCUGUGAGGCGUCCCUUGCCUGCACGACCUGUCACGUCUAUGUCGAUCGGGCUUAUUGCGACAAGCUGCCUUGUGCCGAAGAGAAGGAGGAAGAUCUUCUGGACUUAGCGCCAUUUCUCAAAGAGAACUCGAGGCUCGGAUGUCAGAUUAUCUUGAAAAAAGAACUCGAAGGCAUGGAACUCACCCUUCCCAAGGCAACUAGGAACUUUUAUGUCGACGGCCACAAACCGAAACCUCAUUGAACAUUGAAACAAUUUAGUGUAGUGCCCCAAGAAUUGCGUGUUAAAGUCCUUAAGAUCAGGCCCAACAAUGGAUCUUGUCAAAGAAGCACAAGCACUGGCCAAAAAAGCAGUUGAGUAUGACAAAAGCAGUUUCAUUGAUGCGGCAGCCUACUUUUAUAACCAAGCUGCAUCACUUCUUACGGAAGCUGCAGGAGACGACAACAUCAACGGUCCUAUAUGGCUAAAAAAGGCCCAUGAAUACAAAAGCAGAGCUGACCUGAUUUCCAUUCCGAAAACUUACAAGCAAAUGAAACAUCCUGAAAUGGUCUUAUUGGGCCAGUGCAGGUUCUUGUUCAGCCAAGCAUUGACCACUGAUGAGUCUGGAGAUAUUGAACUUGCGCUGAAACUGUAUCGGGAGGCUGUUGAAGCCACGGUCACAGCCCUGGGCAAAGUGACACAGCGUGGUCUCAAGGAGAAGCUUGAAAUAAUACUGAAGCAGGCUAAAGAAAGAGUCGAAGACAUUAAAAAAAAUAUAAACAAGCGUCAACCUGAAUCUCCAGCAGGGACUUUAAAAAACCAAGAAGACCGAGUACCUAUGCAGAGGGUGAACAGUGUGAAUUUAACAGUUAGUGGUAAAAGGCAGUACACGGACAGUGAAAAGCAAGUCCUCUUGUGUUCAUCAAAAAUCAAUAACAUUGAGUUUGUUCCUUUUAUGGCUGUGGAUUACGGUGAAACGUUUACUUAUCCAAUACCUUUCACUGACCGCGAUGGUCUUCUGCGACUUGCACCUAAACAACUGGAAGUGUUCCACCAGUGGGUAAGACCUUCACAGCUUUAUGAAAAUCCCUGCAUGGUCCUCGGAGAUCAUGUUGACUGCUUCUCCAUCAAGCAGACAAUCAUCUCUGACUGCUCGUUCGUCGCCUCCUUAUCCGUCGCCGCUCUUUAUGAGAGAAAGUUUGGAAAGCGAUUAAUCACGAAUAUUAUUUUUCCAAGGAAGAAGAACAGGCAGCCUAUUUAUAAUCCAAGCGGUAAAUAUAUGGUAAAACUCAUGAUUAAUGGGGUACAAAGGAAGGUUAUCAUUGAUGAUAGACUGCCUGUUAAUAAAAAGAAUCAGCUCUUAAGUUCCUUCUCAACAAGAAAGGGCGAACUGUGGAUAUCUCUUUUAGAAAAAGCGUACAUGAAGGUCAUGGGAGGGUACAACUUUCCUGGAUCAAACAGUAAUAUUGAUUUACACGCUCUGACAGGCUGGAUCCCAGAGAGGAUUCUUAUUCAGAAUGAAGAAGAGGUGUUUAACGCUGAAGCAACUUUCCGUAUGCUCAGCCAAAGGUUGAAAAGAGGAGACCUGUUGCUGACGGUCGCCACCCCAGAAAUGACUCAAACUGAGGCAGAUCGAGCCGGAUUGGUUUCAUUGCAUGCCUAUGCCGUUUUAGACAUAAGACAGAUUGAUGGUGUUAAAUUAUUUCAAUUGAAAAAUCCUUGGUCUCAUGUGCGUUGGAAAGGUAACUACUCAGAGCUUGAUGCAACUCAUUGGGAUGCUAAUCUGUGUCAGACGUUAGAUUAUGAUCCAACAAAAGCAGCUUUUUUUGACAACGGAGUUUUUUGGAUCGAUUAUAAAUCAGUUUUACACUUUUUUGAUGUGUUUUAUCUUAACUGGAAUCCAAAUUUAUUUUCUUACACUUUCUGCCUUCAUCAGGCAUGGUCAGCUGGAAUCGGACCAGCUAAAGAUUGUUACACUAUUGGCGAAAACCCUCAGUUCAAAUUGAAAGUAGAGCCUAAAAUCAAAACAGGAGCUACUUGGAUCCUUUUGACAAGGCAUAUUACUGAUAUUGAGGAUUUUAGGUACAACAAAGAAUAUAUCACUGUACUCGUGUAUACAAAUGGUGGAAAACGUGUCUAUUAUCCCUAUGAUCCUCCACCUUUUCUUGAUGGAGUUCGAAUAAACAGCCCUCAUUUUCUUGUUAAAAUUGAUUUGGAUAAAACCAAGAGCAGGACGUUCACUCUUGUUGUUUCACAGUAUGAAAAGACAACAACGAUUUAUUAUACACUGAGGGCAUAUUCAACUUGCCCUUUUAUAUUGGAACCAAUCGACGAUGGAUUCAAUUACAUUAAGAAGAUCACCAAUGGUGAAUGGAAAGGAAAGACAGCUGGAGGUUGUCGCAACUACCCAACGUACGAUGAUAAUCCAGAGUAUAUAUUGCAGUUGAAAGAAGCCGGGAAUGUAUGCAUGGAUUUGAAGGCUCCGACUCAAUUCAGAAUUGGAAUGGAUCUCUAUCCAGAAGAUUCUUCUUCCAUGAAGCCCAAAACAACUGGGCCUUACAGGUUAGGGUUUGUUGUUUUAGAGCUUGAAAAAAUGCCUGCUGGCCGCUAUAUUUUAGUGCCCUCCACAUACAAACCGAAAGAAGAGGCCAGAUUUUUCUUAACAGUCAAGUCGACAUCACCAAUUGAACUGAAUCUAAGAAUCCCAUGAGUUCAGUUCAGUUCAAAAUCAAAUAGUAUAUUUUCGAUAACAAGAUUUUCAGUUUGUUACAAAAAUUGUUAUAUUUUAAUGAUUAUAGUCUGUUAUAACUUUUAAA